UUUUGUUUAUUUAUGUAUGUUUACUUUAUGAAUAUGACAAGUGGAAUGAAUCUGUUGUAACGCGAGCAACAACCCGAUCAAUUCAAUAAUUAAGUAUGAAUGGAUUUAAAGAGAAUCAAAAUUCUAAAUUAGAUAAUAAACAAGUUUCAUCAUUUGCUGCUCGUAUGGCAAUGGAAUUUCCAAGCAACCAAAGUUCUAGUUACGAUCCUUUAGUAUCGUGGAUAUCAACUGUUCGUGAAAAUUAUUCCGAAAAUGUUUUAGAAAGCUCAGACAAUGAAGAUCAAAACGAUUCUACUAAUUGUGAAGCUUUGGUUGUAUAUAACGAGGAACCAAAAGAGACUAGAUAUUCUUUUUCAACUGGAUGCGCUCGCUUAUCGUAUAUGAAAUCGAAUGGAAAGCAUAAGGAAUCUUUGAAUUCAAACGACACUCAUGCCAAUGCCAAUAAUCGUCUACCGACUAGAUCAGUACCUGACAAACCAUUGCGUGUCAAGCCAGAUGUUCAAUUCCCGUUACGAAACCAGAAACCAGCAGAUGACGAAGAGAAGGAAAACAUAGGUUCAGUGGAAAUUAUUGAGCUUGAAUCAAACGAUGAGGAAGUACGUAGCCACUCUCCAGAAGUUGUGAGCGACGCUGAAAGCUGCAGAAUAUCACUCAUGGAUGGCUUAUCGAGCAUGGAAAACGGAUACCCAGUUGGCGAUCAAGGGUCUUUCAUUGACGCCGAGCCCCUUCGGUACAAUCCUAACGAUGAUUUAAAGGACCAAAUAAAUUAUUAUCAAGAUUACACCGGCAAGUACUUACUGAACGAAACUAUAAUGAAUUGGGAAGAAAGAGAACCUACAAUUACGGAAGUUCUGUCAAGAAAUUACUUAGAAGAUCUUGCCAGCCGUGACCAUCGAAGUGGUAACAAACCAUUCUUUUUUACCUGAUAAUGUUAAUAAUAGCGUUUAUUGUAUGGAAUGAGAAUUGUUGAGCCAAAAGAACCACCAAAAAAAUACGAUGAAACUAACACCACAAAGCUCGUAGCUAUUAUUGAAAUGUUGGGUGAGUUAUAAAAAGCGAGCAACAGUAGAAUAACCAAAAGUUAUAAUAAAUUAU